AUGACAUCAUAUGGUCCCUGGUAUCUGCCCGGCCCCUCAGGAGCCUCAACUCACCACAACCUCACCCUCACUGCCCCGCUCCCCGACCCAGGAGGCCCCACUCCCCUCAGCCUCACCCUCACUCACCCGCUCCCCGACCCAGGAGGCCCCACUCCCCUCAGCCUCACCCUCACUGACCCGCUCCCCGACCCAGGAGGCCCCACUCCCCUCAGCCUCAGCCUCACUGACCCGCUCCCCGACCCAGGAGGCCCCACUCCCCCGACCCAGGAGGCCCCACUCCCCUCAGCCUCACCCUCACUGACCCGCUCCCCGACCCAGGAGGCCCCACUCCCCUCAGCCUCAGCCUCACUGACCCACUCCCCCGACCCAGGAGGCCCCACUCCCCUCAGCCUCAGCCUCACUGACCCGCUCCCCGACCCAGGAGGCCCCACUCCCCCUCAGCCUCAGCCUCAGAGGCCCCCGCCCCCGACCCAGGAGGCCCCACUCCCCUCAGCCACACUGACCCACGCCCCCGACCCAGGAGGCCCCACUCCACUCCCCUCAGCCCCACCCUCACUGACCCGCUCCCCGACCCAGGAGGCCCCACUCCCCUCAGCCUCACCCUCACUGACUCACUCCCCCGACCCAGGAGGCCCCACUCCCCCGACCCAGGAGGCCCGACUCCCCUCAGCCUCACCCUCACUGACCCACUCCCCGACCCAGGAGGAGGCCCCACUCCCCCGACCCAGGAGGCCCCACUCCCCUCAGCCUCACCCUCAUCGCCCACUCCCCAACCCAGGAGGCCCCACUCCCCUCAGCCUCACUCUCCCUGACCCGCUCCCCGACCCAGGAGGCCCCACUCCCCCGACCCAGGAGGCCCCACUCCCCUCAGCCUCACCCUCACUGACCCGCUCCCCUGACCCAGGAGGCCCCACUCCACUCCCCUCAGCCCCACCCUCACUGACCCGCUCCCCCGACACAGGAGGAGGCCCCACUCCCCCGACCCAGGAGGCCCGACUCCCCUCAGCCUCACCCUCACUGACCCACUCCCCCGACCCAGGAGGCCCCACUCCACCCCUCAGCCUCACCCUCACUGACCCACUCCCCUCACACAGGAGGCCCCACUCCCCGACCCAGGAGGCCCCACUCCCCGACCCAGGAGGCCCCACUCCCCUCAGCCUCACCCACACUGAACCACUCCCCGACCAGGAGGCCCCACUCUCCUCAGCCUCACCUCACUGCCCUGCUCCCCCCGACCCAGGAGGCCCCACUCCCCCGACCCAGGAGGCCCCACUCCCCCCUCAGCCUCACCCUCAUCGCCCACUCCCCAACCCAGGAGGCCCCACUCCCCUCAGCCUCACUCUCCUGACCCGCUCCCCGACCCAGGAGGCCCCACUCCCCGACCCAGGAGGAGGCCCCACUCCCCCAACCCAGGAGGCCCCACUCCCCUCAGCCUCACCCUCACUGACCCACUCCCCCGACCCAGGAGGCCCCACUCCCCCGACCCAGGAGGCCCCACUCCCCUCAGCCUCACCCUCACUGACCCACUCCCACGACCCAGGAGGCCCCACUCCCCCGACCCAGGAGGAGACCCCACUCCCCGACCCAGGAGGCCCCACUCCCCUCAGCCUCACCCUCACCCUCCCACUCCCCCGACCCAGGAGGCCCCACUCCACUCCCCUCAGCCUCACUGACCCGCUCCCCGACCCAGGAGGCCCCACUCCACUCCCCUCAGCCUCACACUCACUGACCCGCUCCCCGACCCAGGAGGCCCCACUCCCCAGACCCAGGAGGAGGCCCCGCUCCCCCGACCCAGGAGGCCCCACCCCACUCCCCUCAGCCUCACCCUCACUGACCCGCUCCCCUGACCCAGGAGGCCCCACUCCCCUCAGCCUCACCCUCAUCGCCCACUCCCCAACCCAGGAGGCCCCACUCCCCUCAGCAUCACCCUCACUGACCUGCUCCCCGACCCAGGAGGCCCCACUCCACUCAGCCUCACCCUCACUGCCCCGCUCCCCCGACCCAGGAGGCCCCACUCCCCUCAGCCUCACUCUCACUGUCCUGCUCCCCGACCCAGGAGGCCCCACUCCCCGACCCAGGAGGCCCCAUUCCCCUCAGCCUCACCCUCACUGCCCCGCUCCCCCGACCCAGGAGGCCCCACUCCCCUCAGCCUCACCCUCAUCGCCCACUCCCCAACCCGAUCCCCACUCCCCACUCCCCUCAGCCUCACCCUCACUGCCCCGCUCCCCCGACCCAGGAGGCCCCACUCCCCUCAGCCUCACCCUCACUGCCCCGCUCCCCGACCCAGGAGGCCCCACUCCCCUCAGCCUCACCCUCAUCGCCCACUCCCCAACCCAGGAGGCCCCACUCCCCUCAGCCUCACCCUCACUGCCCCACUCCCCGACCCAGGAGGAGGCCCCACUCCCCCGACCCAGGAGGCCCCACUCCCCGACCCAGGAGGCUCCACUCCCCGACCCAGGAGGCCCCACUCCACUCCCCUCAGCCUCACUGACCCACUCCCCCAACCCAGGAGGCCCCACUCCACUCCCCUCAGCCUCACCCUCACUGAGCUGCUCCCCCGACCCAGGAGGCCCCACUCCCCUCAGCCUCACCCUCACUGACCUGCUCCCCCGACCCAGGAGGCUCCACUCCCCCGACCCAGGAGGCUCCACUCCCCCGACCCAGGAGGCUCCACUCCCCCGACCCAGGAGGCCCCGCUCCCCGACCCAGGAGGCCCCACUUGAUGCUGCUUUUCACAUCCCAUUGGACAUUUUCUGA